CUUUCUCUACCACGAUUCUGCUCGGGACUCGAGUGCAGGCUCCUGCAAUGGUGUCGUCUGCUGCGCUGAGCAUCGAAGCUUCAGUAAGAGAGAACAAGUUCUCGUCCAUGGACACAAGAGACGACGUCAAGUCUCGUUGGUUCAAGACUCGCCAACUGCUGCAGAGUAUCCAAAACUCCCCUUUCUGGUCGCAUCGAUGGCUCGGUUGGGCUUUCGUCUACGUCUCGGUAUUACUAGUCUUCCUUGUGGAUCGCUCAGUCGGACUAUCGGCGCUCAUCGAGAUGUACGGAAGUGACAAGGACCACACGCUAGGAGUGACGCUUGGAGCACUGGGUCUGGGUAUGCUUGAGGACUGGAUCUGCGCCACGUACCUCGUCGCCGUGCUGUGGCUCAUCGACUUCUUCCUAAGCCAGACCCUUGGCGCCUCCUCUGAUAGUAUGACGCUCCAGACUUUCAUCAAGUGGAAGCGGCAGCGAAUUCUUCGUCGUGGAGUCACGUUCGUGACUUCGUGGCUUCUCUUCGUGGCCACCGCAGCUCCGUUCGCUGUAGACAUGAUGCUGGUUCGUCUUCGUAGCAUGCGUUUCACCUUCGAGAUCGUGUCGAUGGCCAUUGCAGAGAGCGACAUGGUCAGUAGCGUAGCCAUCUCCGACUCUGAGUACAAAGAGGCCUACAUCACAGGCACAAUCCUCGCUCUAUUUGCCACGUUCUUCGCUUCAGUCCGCACAUGGACGUCAUGGGCAGAUCUCACACGCUGGAACCCGACCAGCCCACACCCUUUACUGCAUCUCGUAAGGAGAAUCUGCUUACGCUUCAAGAAAGACGACGAGCUCUGGACCCCAAAAGAGGAAAUACAUCACGGUUCCUCCUCAUCUAGCGACAGCUACGACGACGUGAACGAAAUGUUACUGGAGAACGGGAAAUUGGUCCAAUACGCACACACCACCACCCCAAAUCGCAGCUACAGUCUCAGCAACGAAGCCUCUGAUCGUUCUGAUAGCGACGUCUGUGAGCGACCUACGCUGUGCGCACGAGUGGCGCUUUGGCUUCACAGUGCUGACUGGCUACGACUCAGUAUCGAACUUCUCGUGGCUCUUGUGGCGCUCGUCUUCCUCCCCGUAGCCAUCUUGGCAAUCAGUCAAACGUCUUCCCCACUCAUCGCGAACGUGGCUUUGGACACGACAAUCAACGAAUUGUUCGUGCGAGCUCUGAAAGUGACGGACAUUGGCUUUGUGCCUCCAGUCGCGGACGGCACAAUCGAAGACGCGUCCGUGUACAUCCAUCCAACCGAGAGCUACUCGCUCUCUGCUAACGACUCGCUCUACCGACUAACCACCGGGUUCAAUGGAGAUCUGGCCUUCAACGUGAGUGUAAGCGACUCAAAUCCGCCCAAUGUCGUCGUCAUCGUAGUGGAAUCUUUCCGUUUCCACGACUCGCACUAUUUGGUCGGAGAAGAAGAUCCGUCCGAGCUUUUCAAAGGUUGGAAUGGUACCGUUGUCCCGAAUUUCGACAAGUGGGCGAAGCGUGGAGUGGCCUUCUCCAAUCUCUGGUCCAGCUGGAAGACCAGUCGGUCGCUUGCAAGUCUCCUAUUCGCACAGAUCCCGUACGACGCCACACAAACAACCGAGACAGCUGGAGCUCGACGGGAUGUCGAACUCGCUGGGAUGCCCCAAUUUUUCAAGACAAAAGGGUACGACACUUUCUUCACGACUGGAACGGAUACUUCAUACGACGACUGGGAUGUGUUCCUACCAGCUCAUGGCUUUGAUUCUCUAUGGGGUGAACAAGAGAUGAUGAAGUAUGGAGAGAGUGGUAUGGGUAUCUCGUCGGAGGACUGGGAAGGCGAAGCUCAUCGGAAGUUCCGCUGGGGUGUACACGACGACGUGAGUUUUGAGAUUCUGGGCAAUUUGCUGAUCAACAAGACCAACGAACAAGCCGCAGAUGCGAGCAGAACACCGCUGUUCCUCACGCAUUACACCAUCUCAAGUCACGUGGAGUACGAAGCUCGUCCGACGUGGUACGUCGAGUCGGAUAAACCAGACUUCUCUGCGCUCUACGACGGCGAAAAACACGCUGGAAACGUCAAGAAGUACUUAGAAAUGCGGUAUUUUACUGACAUGGAGCUCGGCAAGUUCAUGGAUCGCAUGGAGACUGCAGGUGUACUGAACGAUACCAUCGUCCUCAUUGUGGGAGAUCACGGUCAAGCUCCAGAAUUCGGGAAUAACACACCCGAGAAGCGAGACGUUUCUUGUACCCACGUGGCUGGAGCUCUCAUCGCUGAAGGGAGACUCGGUGACUACGUUGGCCUCAAGAUCGACGAUGCUGCUGAGCAGUACGACAUCCUCAACACUCUGGCGGAUAUCGUCGGUGUUCCUGAAGAGGGAUUCGAGCAGGAUGGCAUUGGUCGGUCACUCAAACGCAAAGUCACGUUUGGAGAACGCGUGGUAUACAGCAACAACCCAGCAGUCAAGAACUCGGUCGUCCGAGGCCAUGAACGUCUACGUUACGACCGCAGUACCGACUCGGUUCUCGUCCACAAUUCCUGGAGCGAUCACGACAUGAAGAUCGACCUCUUUCCUGCUCUGUCGACCGAAGAGAAGAACGAGUGGAGAAGCUGGCGCGAUCAGGGGCGUGAGGUCACUGCGUACUUCAAGAAACGCUGGGAAGAAAAGUGUCUGCUGUGCUGACGCGAGGAAGCGGACAGCACGUUAAAGAUGUUGAUAUACCAGUGCAUUAUAAACGUC